CCACCCCCUCCCAUCCCUCUCUCCCACCCCCACAUUUACAUCUACAUUCCCUUCAGCUACAUUGAAUCUCUCUGAAAGUAGUGGGUUUGCAUGCUUUAAAUAUUCCUAAUAACACUGUGUCCUUCCACUGGGGCAUCUCCCUGUUAUGAUUUCAUAAUUCGUGCAAACAAGCCGAGUUAGCCCUUGGCUAGUCACAGUGUGGCCAGCAAGUGAUGAGGUCCAUACUUUGUAGUGGACCAGAGGGGGUGUUCCAGUCAGUGACUAAUGCUGGCUGUGCACAUCACAAUCUCCUCCAGCUUUAACAUCACGAAGCUAAGUACUUGUGGAGGAGACAGGGGCACCCCUAAUCCUCUUUCUACUCCUUGCUGACAUUCAAACGCCUUUUCUCUCUGGACUUUUGUAAGGGAGCUGUGCUUUGUAACAGUGCAAGACUGAGGCUCUUGAACAAGGCUAGUGGAUUGGGACAUUUGGCUAUCUGCAGGUGUACAAUAGGUGAGUAUUAAGCAACUUAGAAUGGCAUUAAUCAUUCAUUGUAAUAUAAUAAUAAUAAUAAUAAUAAUAAUAAUAAUAAUAAUACAAUAGUAUAAUAAUAUUAUAAUGUAUCUUUAUAUGUGUGUCCUGAUCUAUUAUGUUUAUUGUUUAGUCAUCUGUGUAUUAUACUAAACGUGAUUAUUUUGUGUUUUUUAUUCUAUUAGCCAUUUGUCUUGUGGCUCCUGGGCAUCAGGGAGGUAUAUGCUUCAAUAUAUGGAAACCUGUUACUCCUUCCUAACUACCUUAUUAUUGAGAGAGCCACAGAUGCAGUAUAAGGUGUCUCUAUAAUACUGAAACCCUUUAAUCUUGAUGACCAAUAGGCUUGUUUUUGGAAAGAUAAACCUAACGAGAAACGAAUCUUUUUAAUUGAAUGAGCUCCCUUUAGGGGGAAACUGUAAAAAUAAUGAACCUAGUUAAUGUCAUUGUUUGAAAAUACUGAUACAUUAAUGGAUAGAAUAAUGGCCGUUGGAAUCCUGAUUUACAUUCUAACCAAAUAUUUAUUUAACUAUUUUAAUGUUCACUGUUCGUUCUAUCUCAUCAUAAAUUGUUUGUAUUCUGUAUAAGAAAAAUAAAAUAAAAAAUUAUUGUUUAAUAUAUAAAAUCGACCUGCAUGGAUCUGCUUUUGUUUAGAUGAGAUUUAGUUUAAUGCACCCCCUUUUCUAUUUUAAAUCUGUGAUUAUAGGACCCCAGUUUUUUUUAAUCCAUUUGCCUCCUUAUUCUGGAUUUUAAUGUAUGUGAGAUCAGACUGACACUAGCCAUUAUGGAAGUGUUCAUAGCCCAUUGAUAUAAUUACUAUUGAAGUCAUGGUCUACUGAGUUAGUCUAUAACACAGGGCAGCCAAUGCUUUGACACAAGCAAGGAUAUAAUUUCUCUCAAACCAUCUCAAGCUGAGCCCCUUCUUUCAGUGCUUUGUAGAAUAGCCAGCAAGCCCCUCUCCUUUCUGACAAGCUACAGUUCUGUUCUGCUGUGACUCCAUGCCUAAUUCUAAAACUGGAUCCAAUCUACUGCUAUCAUGUUAUAAUGUAUCAUUUCAGUGCUUGGGACCCAUUGGCAUGUCCUCUGCCCUGCUCUAAAAGCAAACUCCUUCUUUAUUCAAGGUGGACCCUCACACUGACCUCUUAGAAAGAGGAAAAAAGAUUUUAGUAAUUUGCCAAGAACAUCAAUCAAAAGGAUUUUGUCACUUUAGAGAUGGCAUCGUCUUCACCAUCUUCAUCAAAUACCAACCAAGACAACACCAACCCAAGCAAUUUACGACCUACAAGUAUGAUUACAUUUACAUUUUAUGUGAUACAAAAAAAUUAUAUCAAAUAUUGUAUUUGUUAUUGUUUAAAUUGUUUUUAAAAAUGGAUAGAUAUUGAGUUGUGAUUGUUUUUAUUACAUAUUAUUUAUUAUAUUAAAGAUAUUUUGUAACUCAUGAAUUAAAAUGCAAAUGGAGUGUUGGUGAUGAUGUGUGUGUAUGUUGACCUCUGUAUCCGUAUUAUUCUACAAAACUGGCUUUUAAAAGUUUAAGUCAGCUGGAGGGUGCAUCCUGUACAUAAUCAGAAAAUAAUCCUAGAUUCGCAAGAGAUUUGAAAUAAAAGUGAAAACCCACUAUUUGAUUGGGUAUUUCAAAAAGCCUCAAUUUGGUUUAGUUUUGUCAGAAGCUUUUAGGCUGUCUUUCCAUGCCCUCUAAUCAAGCCUCAUUUUGAGUAUAAUUGCAGUAAUUUAGGGAGAAAUUACUCUGCUCCGAUGUCUGGUAUUGUGUGGUGGGAAUGGGGGUUGGGGAAGAUGUUUUGUCUGUUGCCAAAUCUUCCUGGUCAAAAUUUUAUGGAGCUGGGGAACAAAAUAAAAUAAAUAAAUAAAAAGAGAGGGGAGUAAAUGACAUAAUGAACAGAGACAAAGAUGUAAAAACCAGGGGAAAAUGCUGGCAGCUAUAGCUACCCUGGAAGAGCUGAGAGAGCUUUGAUGCAUGAAUGAAAUUAUUAUUGUGAUUAUGUUGGAAUGGGAGUAAAUGGGAAGGAGAUUCAGAAUUCACUUCAACAUGAACUGAUUUAUGUGCCCUUCCCAAACAUCAUGUCUGAUUGUGUCUGAACGCAUCAGGGCUGCCCUGGGUUUAAUGCCGAAUUUAGGUCAAGCAUUUGCAAAUAGUGAAUCCAUCACUUGUGUAACCAUUUAUCCCAUAGGCGUUUGCAAUUCUAUGUUUUAAACAUUGCAUUGCCUAACAGAUACAUUUAAUCAUUGUUUCUUAGACUCAUAAAUGACAUGGACAAACAAAGGUUACAAAGAGUUAAUUUUCUAUGAGGUUGGUGCCUAACUGAUCUCUUUUGUCAAAAUCAGGGGUGGGCAAAGGCAUCAUAAGAUUUGUAGUUCUUCAUCUGCUGGGGGUCUUGCUUUUACUCUAAGCCCCCAGUGAAGUGGGCAGGUAGUGGUGUUUUCCUUGAUGCUGUGUGUGUGUGUUGAGGUGUGUGUGUGUGUAUGUGUGUGAGCCCUCUUACAGACACAUAAAAGGCCAGUUAUCUAGUCUGCAGCCCUCUCCCCCUAGACUGCUCAUGUGAUCCAGGCACCCUCCCCUCACACCAAUCCCCCUCACCUCCCCACACACCUGCUUGGUUCUAUUUCCAUUCUCUUUAUGUUACAAUUAUCUCCAUUUGGACAGCUGUAGGGACAGUCAGUCAGUCUACCUGUGCUCCUUUGUGCUGGGGAGAUUCAAACCUCCCCAAUGUUUACUUGGUGAAGCUUCCAUGCAGACAUACAUUGUUUUGUUCAUUGAAUCCCAUAGUUUGAUUAUAUUUACUUUGCAUAGUCAUAUUUACCCCUGAUCUUUCAUCUAACAAAAGGUAAAUAUUGUUUUGAAUUCAAAUAAAAUAAUUAAUAAAUACAUAAAUAAACAAACAUCGAACGCCAGGUUGUAACAGGAAUUUGUAUUUCUUAUUUAAAGAGAAACAUUAGAUUUAUCAAAGAUAGAAAAAAACCAUACUAUAAUAACAUCGAAUAUAUGAUUGCUAAUUAAUUUUCUAAUCCCAUCACCGAAUAUUGAUACAUUGAGCCAUAUCGGUAGCGCACGCACUGUAUACAUCGCGAAGACGUUUAGGUCAGAAAUGAUUUCCUUAAAACUGUUAAAAAAAAAAAAAAAUCCAGAUAAUGGCCAUUCUGGAGAGAUAACAUAUUAUUAUAAAAAGGUUUCCUUGUUUUCAUUAUUUGAUUUUGAUUGACGUUCACAAAUACUUUAAUUAAGUAUUAUAGUCACAUUGUAACCAUUCAUUCUGCAAAAACGUAAGUCAUUUGAUAUAAGAUAAAUAUGUUAUUACACUUCACAGACCCCACAGAUUAAUGAGGGGUUUGUUUUUCGUUUUACAAGGAAUCAAAUGCAAUAUAUAUAGAGGUAUAAAAUAUAUGCAAUAUCUAUCUAUCUAUCUAUCUAUCCCUAUCUAUCUCUAUCUCUCUAUCUAUCUGUCUGUCUGUCUGUCUCUCUCUCUCUAUCUAUCUCUCUCUAUCUCUCUCUCUCUAUAUCUCUCUCUAUCUAUCUCUAUCUAUCUAUCUGUCUCUCUCUCUCUCUCUCUCUCUAUCUUUCUCUCUCUCUCUCUAUCUUUCUCUCUCUCUCUCUCUAUCUCUCUCUCUCUGUCUCUGUCUCUCUCUCUCUCUCUAUCUCUCUCUCUCUGUCUCUCUCUCUCUCUCUCUUUCUCUCUCUCUAUCUAUCUAUCUCUUUAGCGCACAGACCAUGUAUGUGUGCAGAUACAUUGUAUAAUAUGUUUAUGGGGUAUUUGGAGAUAUAUGGGGUGAUUCUAAUAUAAAAGAAUACCUUAGAAGCUCUGCCAGAAACCUGAUAAAUGAAAAUCUAUUUAUUUCUGAGCCAGGAAGGAUCUGUCACAAUCGCUCAAUUUACCGUAUUAUUAAUACCUCUUUGUACUUGAACAUACAAAGAAACAUAUAAAGACACAUACAUACAUGCAUACACACACACACGCAUACACACACAUACAUAAAUACACACACACACACACACACACACACACAUACCUACAUACAUACACAUAAAUACACACACACAGAUAUAUAUAUACAUACUUACACACACACACACACACAUACAUACAUACAUACAUACAUACACACACACACACACACACACACACACACACACACACACACACACACACACACACACACACACACACACACACACACACACACACACACACUCAUUUACAUCAUAUAUGUGAGUAUGUAUAAACAGACCCCUGCCAGGCUGGGACCUUGGGAGAGUUUUGAUAUAAUCUGAGUAGAAUACAUGGUAAAUUGGAAAGAUAAUGAAGUGCAGCGAACACAGAGAGAAUCGAUAUAAAAUCGGUCAGUUUAGAUAAUCUAUCGUUUUGUAUUUUCCAAAGACAUGAAUUUCAUUAGAGGAGCAGAGAGUAGGGGGAUUUGGGCAGUCUGGGUAUUACAUAGAGACGUUUGGUAAAGGGGGAAAAUCUGCCUGAUUCACAAAUGUGAUGAACUGGAUGGAUUGUUCUGGGUAUUAAGGGUCUAAAGAUAUCUGGGUGCUACACCUUAUACAAACACACCACUCUCAGCCAGCAUCUAUCACUCAAAGAUUACAUCACUCUCAGCCAGCACUCAUCACUCAAAAACGACAUCACUCAAAGACUACAUCACUCUCAGCAAGCACUCAUCACUCAAAGACUUCAUCACAUUCAGCUAUCUGUCACUCCAAGACUAAAUCACUCUCAGCCAGCAUCCAUCACUCUAAGACUGUACCACACUCAGCCAGCAUUCAUCACUCAAAGACUACAUCACUCUCAGCCUGCACUCAUCACUCAAACACUACACCACGCUUUGCCAGCAUCCAUCACUAAAAUAUUACACCAUACUCAGCCAGCACUCAUCACUCAAAGACUACAUCACUUUCAGCUAUAUAUCACUCCAAGACUACAUCACUCUCAGCCUGGACUCAUCACUCAAAGACUACACCACAUUCAGCUAUCUAUCACUCCAUGACUUCAUCACUCGCAGCCAGCACUCAUCACUCAAAUACUACACCACACUUUGCCAGCAUCCAUAAAUCAAAGACUGCACCACACUCAGCCAGCAUCUAUCACUCAAGGACUAUACCACACUCAGCCAGCAUCUAUCACUCAAUGACUAUACCACACUCAGGCAGAAUUCAUCACUCCAACAUUACACUAAACUCAACAAGCAUCCAUCACUAAAAUACUACACCACACUCAGUCAGCAUCCAUCACUCCAAGACGGUAUCACACUCAGCCAGCAUCCACCACCCCAUGGCUACACCACACUCAGCCAGCAUCCAUCACUCCAAGACUGUGCCACACUCAGCCAGCAUCCAUCACUCCAAGACUGCACCACACUCAGCCAGCAUCCAUCACCCCAUGGCUACACCACAACCUGCCUGCAUCCAUAAUCCCCAUGCCUACCCCACACUGUGCCAGCUUUUAACACCCUAUGGCUAUACCUCACUCUACCAGCAUAAACCACCCAUGGCUACACCACACUGUGCCAGCAUCCAUCUUCUCGUAGCUAGGUAGCUGGAGACAGAGGGGUAGGCUGAGGGGAAAGGAGUCUGAGCGAGACAGCACAACAGGGAAUAAGAGAGUGCAGGAAUAGAUGGUGAAAGAGGGAACAAAAAAGUCAAGCGAAAAAGAGUGAUAGAGAGGAGAGGGCAUUAUAUGAUAAAAAGAGGGGUGUGAAUAGGGGGGAAGGGGAGAUAACUUGGAGAAAGUGGAGGAGUGGAAGGAGGAGACGUGGAGGGUAAAAUUAUUUAGAUGGAGAGGAUGGAAAAGGAUGAGAGAGAGAGGGGGGGGAGAGAGAGAGAGUGAGAGAGAGUGAGAGAGAGAGAGUGUGUGUGUCCAGCUACCUUACAUGUCUGUGUGGCCUGGUAGUGAAAGAGUUACCUUGGGGUAUACUGUUAUAGUAUGUGGGGCUCUACCCCCAGCCCUUAAUUCACUGGAAGGGUCCAGAACAGGCUGGUUACAUUAUAGUCAAAUAGCAUUUGGUAUCAGUGGCUCCAUGUUAUGGCAGAUUACCUGCUUGUCCUGUACACGUGAUAACACUCAAUCACAUUCAGAAUGUGUCCGACAUAUUAACUACAACUCUUAUAAUGCUAAACCAGCCAAAUGAUUGGGAAAUGGGGGGAUUGUAGAGCACAGCAGCUAUGCUGCCAUAAAUCAGAUGUAGGAACCCACAGAUAAUGUGAUACAUGUCAUCAGGACCGAUUAGCAAUGUGGGUAGAAAGGCAUGGGGUUCCUUGGCCUUGUGCCCAGCACACUGGUGUCUCCUGGCAUACAUACAGGUGGGUCCAUAUUGCUGCAGGCCUAUAUAUAUAUAUAUAUAUAUAUAUAUAUAUAUAUAUAUAUAUAUAUAUAUAUAUAUAUAUAUAUAUAUAUAUAUAUAUAUAUAUAUAUAUAUACAUAUAUGUAUGUGUGUGUGUGUGUGUGUGUGUGUGUGUGUGUGUGUGUGUGUGUAAUAAUAUAUAUCUUUCCUGUGCUUAGCCAGCCCGUAUAGAAUAUUAUAUGUGUAUGCACUAAACGGCGAAAUGCAGUGAAAUGCAGUAAAUUAAAAUUAAAUUGUAAAAGUCAGGGGUUAAAAAAGUUCAGGUUUGUAAAAAAAAAAUACAAACAAAAAACCCCACAAAUUUGCAACUCGUAAAUUUAGCAAUUUAGCCUUUUGCCAGUCUUAUCAGGUUCCAAAUAAAUCAGUUCUCCAAACCUCUGUCUGAGCAAAUAUUUCCCAAAAGAUUCUAAGUGGUAUAUUCGCUAAACAGUGAUUGAUAAUCACAUUACACAUUCACAUUAAUAUCUGAGAUUAAAAAGAAAAAUGUUCAACUUAGCCAAAUUUCAUCAUUUUAUAAAUCAUGACCUCAGUGGGGAAAACUGAAGAAACCUUUUAUCAAAAUAGUACAAUUUACUGUUUAGUGAACGGAUCCUUAGAUCAGAAGAAUAUAUUGUCACAAAAUACUUACCCAGGACAGACAGC